UUUUACCCCACAAACGUGAGGAAGAAGCCACGGUUUCUACCGCGUGUGACAGCCUCUUUGCAAACGUGAAAUCCGUACUGACCGUAGUAGAUCAAGAUCAUAAUUUUUAUUGAAAAGGCAUCGUUUCAGGAGUGCACUUCAGAAUCUUGAAGAAUUUUGAAGUUUUGAAAACUUCUCUGCUAAGAAGACUGCAAUAUGAAGAUUACCGAAUAUCUUUGUUGCACGCUGGUUUGCAUGUGUCUACUGCAAGUGGCAAAUACUGAGGUUUCAAGAGAUAAGUUUGACCGACAGCUUCUAAACGCUCUUAUGAUGGAGAACACAAUCAAACCAAAGAGACCGUUUUGCAAUGCUUUUACGGGAUGUGGCAGAUUUGUUUCGGAGGAAAAAAGAGGAGAAGAGAAGAAAGAACCACGUAUUUCUGCGCUGCUUCAAUUAUUCAGAACUCUUCUGAAUACCGCUAAACAAAAUACUUGGAACGCGAUCGAUCGUGAGGAAUACAAUUAUCAAUUACAGCAGAUGCCGCGAGUGUAUGUCUCAAAUCAGAUACCUCUACGUAACAGACAGGAAAGUUAAUUUUGACGGACACAACCUGACACACGUUUGAGCGCCGCCAGUAUUUCAAUCUUAACAGACGAAUGUGCAUAUACAUAUAUUUUUAUUUUUAAGUGUAUAUUAUCAUAUUAAU